AUGUCUAUCGAGCUGGACAGGAAUGGAGUCCCUCAGUAUGCAGGCCAGCCUGAGUAUUUCAAUGAAUACGAAGAGCGAGCCUGGGAUCUCUAUCAUGGCAGGACUGGCGAGAAGUCUAAGCAGGCUUUGUGCGGAUCAUCGGUCUGGCGCGACCGCAACGAGUCCAUGGCCAACUACGUGACAAGGAGGCGAAAGGAGUUCGCAGAGUUGCAGGAGGUCAGCGCCACGACUACGAUCUCAGAGGAUAUCCAGGCCGCACUGAUCCUCAGAUUCUGCGGCAUCAGCAUGAAGGAGCAAGCUGCAGUCCUCGCCUCCAACAAGAAUGAGUACAAGCUAGCCGGCAUCGAGUAUGCACUGCGGGCUCAGUACCCAGCGGUACAUCGACAGCAGGACCGACGCGCUGAUCGCCGAGAGCGAUCCGCCUACGCUUACGCCGCGUCGGAGCAGGACGAGAACCAGUCAGAGCUCGAUCAGAUCUAUUACGAGGACGAGGACGAGGACGGCUACUACCAGGGCGAGGAGGACGACUACGAGCACGGCGAGGACGACGAGUUCGACAUCGAGAACUACGUCGCGGAGAACCUCGACGAGCUUGGCACCGAGGAGGCAGAGGCCCUCGCCCUCGUUCUGCAGAGCCGCAACAAGAUCUUCAACAAGAAGAAGCCGCCUAGGCGAGUGACUUCGAGCUUCCACGGUCGCGGCAAGCACAUCGCCAACCUGAAGAAGCGGACCCAGUGCUCCGACUGUCACCAGUUCGGGCACUGGCAGGGCGAUGAUGGUUGCCCUCGUCGGUCGAGCCGGAAGCCUACAUCAGUGUCUCCAGCGAAGAAGCCCGCUCAGAACUACUUCGCGCUCGAGAAGCACGGGGGCAACGACGACGACAGCGAGCCGUCCGAGGUCUUCAUGGUUCUGAAGGGCGAGAUGGAGCACGUCUGCGAGCACGUGGCCGACGACGCCUGCGAGAAGGUCGUCCGCGGCGCCAACAAGACCACCAGGUACAUCACAUGCAGGGAGUGCGACCGCCACUUCACGCUCGCCCACCGCAACAAAGGGUUCGAGCUGUGGAGCUACUUCAUGAAGGCCCUGAUGGGCACGAAGUGGGGCCGCUUCCUGUCCCGCAAGGAGUUCGCGAGGCGGAUUGCCCUGGUGGCCGACACCCUGAUGGUCCAGGGUCGCCUCCCAUCUACGUAUCGGAGGCGGACGGGGGCGCCCGCGGCGCGACGCCUUUCCGGCAAGCAGCGGCUAUUUGGCCGGCUGCCUGCAAGAGGCGACGGACCACGUGCACCUACACCGGCGGCCGCAUCUGCGGCCAGUUCUGCGAGGCCGAGUGCUACUGGAUCAGCACCGGCCGCGCCACCUACACCCGGGAAGCGCAUCAUCAAGGUCGACUUGACCCAAGGCGACCCCGAGCCGAAGCCGGGGCCGGAGCUGGCCUUCCUGUACGGCAUCCCGCUUCACCAGAGCAUCGAGCUGGUGGAGUUCCCGGAUCUCGACGGCGUCGACCAGCUCAACCCGGUCCCGUACCCAGCGGAGGUCAUCAACUUCGGCACGCACAAGGGGCGAACCUUCCAGGAUGCGGCGUCCGACCCGGCGCUCAUCUGGCACAACAAGUGGGCUCUGGACCAGGUCUUGGGCCCCGAGGCGGAGGAUAUCAACCUCUACUUGUACCGCUACGCGUAUUUCCUCUACGCCAUUGUGAAGAUCGCGCGUGGCAAGUUCAACGUUGCCCCGCAGCAGAUGAUCGACGGUGACAAGAGGAGGCUCCCCGCCGACAACGAUUGGAUGGAGGUCAACGCCGGCGGCUUCACCAUCCCGAUUCGGCCCAACAUCCAUCAGCCGGACGUCAUCUCUACCUACGAGUGCUCGGUCAUGGCCGCCACUACCGGCAACGCCUUCUCGGCACACGACAACGACGCCGACGCCAUGCUCGCCAUCAUCGACACUGGGUGCACGCGUACCAUGCACGGUGAGUCAUGGCGGGCAGCCUUCGAGCGUAAGCUCGCGAGGCGCGGUCUACAGGGCGAUGUCGCCGAUUUUGUCAACAUCGGCGUCUACAACCUGAAGCUCCACCACACUAAGGUGGGCCACCCGGCGGUCAACCUCCUUGACCUGCCGAACGAGAACUACGAGACGGCCGAUUGGGCGGCGCUGACGACGCCCGAGGAUCACAACCUCGAGUACUACCCCGAGAAGUUCCACGUCGGCAUCACCUACGUCGAGGAGAGCUCAGUUGAGCCUCUCCCCAGCUUCCUGGACAUCGAGAUCGGCGAGACUACGGACGACGAGUGCCUCCAGACGGUCGUCGACCACGACUACGGACCGGACGUCUUCGCCGCCGGGGCGAUCGAGUGGGGCGGCAAGCGCAACCUCACCAACAAGAAGUCCAAGAAGCUCGAGCAUUCCCUGCAGGCCAUUGCCGUGCAGGAUGAGGUGGUGCAGGCCGUCGUGGAGAAGCAUCCGCCCAGGGCCCGGCUGCCCGCAGGUGCCGGGACAUGGGUCAAGCAGACCUACGCUGGCCAGAUGGGUUUGACAGUGCUCAUGGCCACGAUGGGCCUCUCGGUCGGCGUCCCACUGGACAAGCACACGGGCUGGGACGCUACCACCAGGCUGGGCAGGCAGAGGUACGACGCGGAGAUCACCAACGAGGAGCCGUACUGCCUCGUGGUCUCGCACCCCUGCUCGCCGUGGGGCAACUGGAGCAGAUUCAACAUGGCCCGUUGCCCAGAGACCGAGAGGAAGAUCUUGGCCAAGCGUGAAGCGAACCGCCCCAUUCUCAGGCAGGUGGACUCCUCAGUGGACAGCCGAGUGCGGAGGGGCUUCCACGUGGCGUUGGAGCACCCCCAGGGCUCCGAGGCCUUCGACCAGCCGGAGAUGUCAAGGAUUCGUUCUCUCCUGGACAAGGGCAUCCUGAGGAAGGUUACCUUCGACGGCUGCCAGGUUGGGUACCGCGAUGCUGAAUCAGGCUUGGCUCACCGCAAGCCCAUGAUGAUCAUUACCACUAUGGACGCGCUGGUCGAGGCCCUUUCCGACAAGAAGUGUAGCUGCACCCAGCACGAGCAGCUAAAGGGCCGCAACAAGUUCGGGCCGCGCACCCUGCAAGCGGCCGAGUGGCCGGAGGAGCUCAACCACAUCGUCGCCCGCAGCAUCGUACAGCAGGCCAUCGUCGACAACGCCACUGACACCGACUGGCCGUUCCCUGCAGAGGACGGUCAGUACGUGUUCAACUACGCCAUCCAGCUGGGCACCUUCCACGCCUACGACGCCGCCGGGAACCCCUACUUCUUUAUGAACUGUAUCUGCGAGGGGACGAACGUGUACUGCAUGGGCCCGGCUCGUGGAUCACCGACAGCACGUGCCACUACUAAGGCGUUCACUACCAGCUGGACCCCGUGGGCUGGCUACCCAGAGAAGCUUACGGUGGACCUGGGCAAGGAGUGGAUGAAGGAUUUCGCCUCCAACGCGAAGGCGCAUGGCGUGCAGGUCGACCUGGCUCCGUUGGAGACGCCGCACCUCAUCGGCAAGUGCGAGCGCCGCGGGGGCAUUUGGAAGGAGAUCUGGCGACGUACUGUCGCCGACUCGCAGGUUACAGGACUGGACGACGUCGAGGAGACUGCCUCCAUCGUGACCCAGGUCAAGAACGAGCUGGGCCGACGCGGGGGGUUCUCCCCUUCGCAGUGGGUCUUGGGGUCUCAUGGGCCCCGUGUCCCAGGAAGCCUCCUACAAAACGACGAGGCGCAGCGGUUGGAGGUCAUCGAAGCGUCGCUCGACCCCCAGUCUGCCAUGGCCCGCGCCAUGGCCCUGCGCGAGGCGGCCCGCAUCGCACGCGUCCGCCUCGACUCCGACGACCGCGUCAAGCGCGCCAUCCUGCGCAAGGCGCGGCCUAGCCGAGGCCCUUUUAACAUUGGGGCCAUCGUGUACUUCCGCCGGUCGCAGACCCGAGUCGGCGAGAGCCCCGAGGUCACGCACCGCUGGUUUGGGCCAGCCCGGGUUAUCGGGCAUGAGGUGCGCGACCCACGUCACCUCUCUCGCGACGCGGACGAGCCCGUCGGCACACUGGCCCAUGCAGUGUGGCUGCGCUACGGACACACUACCGUGCUCGCAGCUCCUGAGUCGCUCAGGUUCGCCUCUGAGGACGAGCUGCUCGCCAUGCACACCUACGUGAACCCAGACCUGUUGCCCCUUCGGUCACUGAUGGGGGCCAGGCACUACAUCGACAUCCGGGCCGAUGCAGCAGCAGCCUCGCCCGCCCCGAUGCCCAGGCCGCAACAGCGCGCGGCUGGUCACGGAGGGGUGGUUGGGGGCGCGCUCGGAUCUGCCGGACCAGGACCUGACGUAAAUUUCGAUUUCGACGAGUUCAACACCGAGGCUGUCGACAAGCCGGUGCCGGACGACGAGAUGGGCGCGGGCCUGGAGCGCGGGGAGAAGCGCGGAGGCCUGUCACUUACCCAGCUGGACAAAGCCAUGCGCAAUCCGGAGCGUCUGGAUUGGAGUUCCAUCAAGAAGCCUCGUACCUUCCAGGGCUACGUGGAGGAGGAGUUCAGCGUCAUGGAGGAUGCCCUCCACGAAGUGUUCCUCACCAGCGACUACAAGCCGGACCUGGCUGUCGCCUGCGAGUGGCGUCGCACCGACUACGGCAUCAAGAAGUUCAUCACUACGGACAAGCGUGGCCCUCGCUGGUCCAAGGUGCUUCGCCGCAUCACCCUGGACAUCAAGACAGGCAUCGUGAUCGAUGACAUCGACGUCAGAGGUCUUGCUCUUCGCGAUGCUCGCCUUCGUCGGCCUCUGCCUGGUGGCACCACCGCGGUCGAGACCAUCUUCGUUCACACCGACGAGGACGUGGGCACGAACGACACAGUCGAGUUCGCCUAUCUCACCAAGGGCGCGGUCCGCUCCGAGAUCAGACUUCAAGACCUCGCCCCAGAGCAGAGGAAGAAGUUCGAUCAGGCUAUGGCCAAGGAGUGGCGCAGCUGGACUGAGUUCCAGGCCGUCGAGGUGCUGAGCUUUAGCCGGGCCAAGGAGCUCCUCGACAGGGGUGCCUCCCCAGUUGGGGCGCGCUGGGUCCACGCGGACAAGAACGCUAAGAAGCGCAACCUCGAGCAGACCUACGACGACAUCCCGCUCGCUGCCAAGAGUCGGCUCGUCGUGCAGGGCUGCCAGGACGCGGGCAGGCAGUGGUGGCUGCAUCUGCGCGCCAUCCUCGUGGAGCAGGGUUGGCGCGAGUCCAUCUACGAGCCCUGUCUGUUCAUGCUCAGGGACAGCAAGGGCAAGCUCAACGGCUUGCUGUGCGCGCACGUCGACGACCUCUUCGCCACGGGCGCGGGCGAGCAGUUCGAGCGCGUGAUGGAGAUCAUCAAGGAUAAGAUUCGCCUUUCCUUCCAGUCCGAUACGUUCAGGUACUGUGGCAAGGUCGUGGAGCAGGACAACCAGACUUUCGACAUCAAGAUCGGACAGGCCGCCACGGUCGAGGCGCUGGAGUACAUCACCCUCGAGCCGCACCGCCGGCGCAAGCCCAAUGCGCCACUCACCCCGACGCGCCCCGACCUGGCCGUCCACGCUUCACUUGGGGCUCAGGCCAUGAGUGGCCCCAAGAUUCGUGACAUUGUUGCAGUGAAUCGUGCCGCCAAGAUGGCUAAGGACGACGUUGAUUUCAAGCUGAUGUUUUCAUCCCGCCUGGACUGGGACAGUGCCAUCGCGUUUGGCUGCGGGGGCAGCAGCCAUGGCAACAUUGACGACCUUACGCUAGGAGAGAAGGUCAAGUCGCAGUGCGGCUAUAUCAUCGGCAUGGCGUCGCCCGACCUCGAGACGGACGCCACCGCGAUCAUGCAUCCACUGGAAUGGGCUAGCGCGACGAUCAAGCGAGUGGUUCGUGGAUCGCUAGCAGCCGAAUGCAAUGGUUUCCUGACGACAGCUGAGAGUGCGGAGUUCCUCAAGCACGCGAUUGCCGAGAUAUCCGACCCCGGCUACUCAUCCUACCAGUUCGACCCGUUCUUCGACGGCAAGCAUCUGCUACUGCUGACGGACGCGAAUGGCCUUGUCACCUCCCUGGAGAAGGAUGGUGGUCAGCCCGCUGACAAGCGAGUACGGAUCCUGAUGGCCCAGAUCCGACAGCUACUCUGCCAUGACGUGCUGAAACAAGAGCGAGAAGGUGACGACUGGAGGAUAUGUGUCAGAUGGAUCGACACGAAGCUGAUGAUCGCGGAUUAUUUGACGAAGUCCGAGGCUGAGAGGAGUUUCUUGCUAGAGCGGCUGUCUGAGGGCCGCUGGUGUUUAGCGCAGACGAAGGAGAUGCUCGCUGCUAAGGCAGCGGCAGGCGAGGCGCGCCGAGCCCGCAAGGCCCGGCCUGGUGAUGCGGAGGGGUAG